AUGACUUUACCAAACUCAUACCAAAUCACACCCUUAGACGAAAUCACACCUCCACUUUUCUUUGGAAAAAUCUACGCUUUCCCGUGUCACGGCGAUCGACGAGAGUUAACUCUCCGUGUCCUCCAACAAGGUUAUACCGAGCUACUGCGAACGUGGCCCUAUCUCGGAUGGGAUAUAGUCCGCAAUCACUGCUCGGCCUCGCGUCCAGGCCAAGCGACUCUAGUUCCUCUAGAAAAAGAAGUUGAUACGAAACUAUCAUGUUUUGAUCUUUCGGAACCCUCAAGCGGCUGGAAACAUAGUUAUGCGGAGGUACUCGAAGCUGGUCUGCCCCCGAGCUGGCUUGACGCCGCCGUAUUCGCUUCGUACGCCGCAGGUGUUGCGACUACCACCAAGCCCUUCAAGGUUCAAGUCAACUGGAUCCCGGGGGGCUGUCUGUUGACUACUUGUUUCUCACAUGCUGUUGUGGACGGUAACGGAAUUUCUAAUAUUAUCCAGACCUGGGCUCGACUAUGCCGCGAGAUCCAGGGAGUGUGCGCAAAGGACAGAAAAACUGUUUGCAAGAUGUCAAGAUCCAAUUCAGAUACAUGUGUCACUGUCGCAGCAAUUUCGAGGUCGGAUUCUUCAUUGGAUGCGUUGAAGACGCGAACGGAACUGUGGAAUCUCCUUGGGCUUGAUGGCCAGAACAGCUUGAACCCACGCCCAGACGCCCCGAGUACGCCUCUAUUCAUACCGACAGCCGGUCAUCGUUAG